AUGUCCGGCCUCAAUGACUCCCCCAUAGUAAAACGUCUCGCCGUCCCGGCAGUCUGCCUCCUCAUCGCCUUCCUCGCCUACUCCUCCCAGAUCCUCUUCUACGUCGCCGACGACUCCCUCCCGCCCGGCCGGCUGUCCAAGACCGAAACCUACAUCUUCAACACGUUGCUGCUAUGUCUGUGGUACACCUAUUACAAGGCGUGCACCGUCGACCCCGGCCGGUACACCUUUCCCGACGAGGUCAUCGAGGUCCCGGAGCCAGAUGAAUACGGCCUCCUCCGCCGCUGGUGCAGAAAGUGCUCCGCGCCCAAACCACCGCGGGCGCACCACUGCCGCUCAUGCCGCCGCUGCGUGCCCAGGAUGGACCACCAUGUAAGCCCAACUGCUCCCUCUCUGCCAGCCAUUCUAACAUCAUCCCCUGGACAGUGCCCCUGGACCUCGAACUGCGUCUCGAUGCGAACCUUCCCGCACUUCCUCCGCUUCCUCCUUUACACCAACCUCUCCCUCUGGACCCUCGCCCGCCACCUCUACCUCCGCUUCGCCGACCUCUGGGCCCACCGCGCCCUGCCCUCCUACCUCGGCCCCUCCCUCCCCGUCCUCGUCCACCUCACCUUGCUCUCCCUCGUCACCUUCUUCACCUCCCUCGCCCUCUUCAUCCUCUUCUUCUCCACCCUGCGCGGCUGGGUCCUCAACGAGACCAUGAUCGAGGGCUGGGAGCUCGACCGCCACACCGCCCUCUGCGAGCGCACCUCCAAGAACAGCAGCGGCGACUUCUGGUCCGUCAACGGCCCCGACGGCAAGAAGCUCCGCCUCGAAAAGGUCGAGUUCCCCUACGACGUCGGCAUCUUCGACAACCUCGCCCAGGCGAUGGGCACGCGCAACGUGCUCCUGUGGUUCUUCCCCUUUGCGGGCAACCCCGACAUCAGCAAGAGCGGGACAGGCAGCGGGUGGGAGUGGCCCGAGAACGGGAUCAAUAGGACGGAGGGCAUGUGGCCGCCGCCGGACCCGGAUAAGAUGCGCAGGGGACAGGGCGGCUGGCCCGGGGCGGCGAGGGGCGCGGAGGGCGUGCGUGUGCCGCGGUACGCGAGUAAAGAGGAGGAGCUGGAGGCGUUCAAGUCACGGCAGGAGGCGGACAGGAAGAGGUGGCAGGGGGAGAGGUCAAGGCUCAUGGCUGAGUUGGAGGAGGCGGACUACGAACUCGUCUCGGAGGAGUCUGACGACGGGUACGAGCAAGGGGCUGACGGCGAGCCGGGGUGGACGAAUGCCGAUGGCGAGAGGCUGCAAGACUUCGGGGUAGACGAGGAUGAAGACAUGACGGAUGACGAAGACGUCCCCCUCGCCGAGAUCCUGCGUCGGAGAAAGGUCCUGCAAAAGGAUGGAGAGAAAUAG